CGACCAAGUCCAAAUAACAAUAAUCCGCCGCUUUAUUGUUAAAUAUCCCCCGAAUCGCACCGAACGGCCCAAUUGUUGUAAAUUCUUGUCAAAGUCAAAACAGUGACAUUUGGAGCGAAAUUAGUUUCGUGAUGUUUGCCAAUACGUUCCAGAGCGGCUUCAUUUCAAUUUUCUACAGUGUGGGCAGCAAUCCGUUGCAAUUAUGGGACAAGCAAGUGAAGAAUGGACACAUCAGACGAGUCGUUGACGACGAGGUCAGGUCUCUGGUUCUGGAGAUCUCGGGCACGAAUGUCGCCACCACCUACAUCACGUGUCCCAUCAAACCCAGGCUCUCCCUAGGGAUCAGGCUCCCGUUCCUCGUCAUGAUCAUCAAAAACAUGAAAAAGUAUUUCACUUUCGAAAUACAGAUUCUUGACGACAAGGACAUGCACCGACGUUUCCGCGUCUCCAAUUUCCAGUCUACUACAAAAGUGCGUCCGUUCUGCACCACAAUGCCUAUAGGACUCAGCAGUGGCUGGAACCAAGUCCAGUUCAACUUGGCCGAUUUUACAAAAAGAGCUUAUGGAUCGACCUAUUUGGAGACAACUCGCGUCCAAAUCCACGCAAACGUGCGAAUUCGCCGAAUUUACUUCUCCGAUGUUUUAUACAGUGACGAUGAAUUGCCCAACGAGUACAAACUAUUUCUGCCGACUCCCGGAACCCAAACUCCGGUACGUCCGGGCAAAGUGGCCGAAAAGGCCGAUUCUAAAGAAAAGAAAGAGGAGAAGAAGCCUUCAGCUGAAGAAGUCAAGCCUCCGGAAGCCGAAAUAGUUCCCUCAGCUGCGCCUCCCAGUCCGGCAGGACCGGAAACUCCGGUGGUGGAACCCGAAGAAGCGCCACCGGAACCGGAUUUAGCGGCUGAAACGGAAAUUUCGGUCGUGGUGGCGGAGCCUCCAAGUGAAGCUGAGGAAAUUGUCGAAACGACGACCGAAGCCCCGACUGAGGAAACAACGACUGAGGCACCGACUGAGGAAACGACUGAGGCACCCACCACUGAAGCCGAGGUGGUUGAAACUGUAGAAGAAGCUGCGGCUCCGGUUGAGGCAGCAGCAAAUGAGGCAGCUCCUGCUGAAGCUGAGGAAGCCCCAGUCAGUGCCCCAGUGGUUGAGGAAACCCCAGUUGAAGAGCAACCGCCGGCUGAGGAGCAGCCCCCGGUUGAAGAAGCGGCAGCUGAGGCGCCGCCCGCUGAAGAGCAGGCCCCGGUGGAGGAAGCCCCGGCUGAAGAAGCCGCAUAAUGUGCUGUUCAUGUUGUAAUAAAUGUUUUGAACUUGG